AUGUCUACUCUACCUGAGACCACGGCCGCUGAAGGCCCAGAUCGGACGGGCAAGGGCACUCAGAACCGUCUCCGUAUGAGCGAUAGCAGUAUAGAGAACGCGAAGGCGGCCGCAAAGAUGGCCGUCGACGUCCUGAGUGUAAUCGCCGAGAUGACCGAGAGCGUGCCGUACCUCGGAGCGAUCUCGACGGCCCUCACCGCGUUCAAAGAAGUGCUCGAUGAGGUUUCCGUGUGCAAGGAAGAUUGCCAGGCGACCAUGGACGAAGCGAACCAGUUCAAGGAGCUCAUACAGAAACAUCAGGCGGACUGGGUCGAACUUGAGGCAGAUGGAGACGAUGGCCUCAGAGAAGCGUUUGAGGAGCUUGGCAAGGUGAUGCUGGGCUCACUCACGACUUUGCAAUCCCUCAAGGUGGACUCCAAGCGCCGACGGGACUGGUUCAGGCUCCUUUUCAAGCGUGAUGAGGUCCAGACUUGCGUGAAACAGUGUCGUGAUAAGAUGCGGGUCGCGAAGGAGAAGUUCCUCACGCUUAUCGCUAUGGACACCAAUCGUGUGGUUCGUGAGACCCAUCGAGUCACCCAUGAGUUGCACAAACAUGUUCUGCCGUUAAAGCCAGCGGCGCCUGCCUAUGCGGGAUGGCGUCUGCGCGCUGCCAACAACAUCUUUCACGGCCGAGAAACGGAGGUUGCGACCGCCGUCGACAUGAUCGUGAACAAGCAGCCCGCGCGAGUGGCGAUCUUGGGUCCCGGCGGGAUCGGGAAGACCUCGAUCGCUCUGGCGAUCCUGCACGACCCGCUUGUCAAGGACCUCUACGGCGACCGCCGCUGCUUCAUGUCGUGCGAGGCUACCACGACCGCCGAUGCAGUCGUGCGUGCUCUUGCCGAUGCGUUAGGCCUCAUCGCUCUGGAUGAAAAGAUAUCUCCUGGACCAGCCCGUGAUCGUAUUUUCUCUUACUUGCGCACAUGCUCCGGGAUCCUCUGUUUGGAUAACAUGGAAACGCCUCUUGAUGCUGAUAGGAUUUUGCUCGAUGAGCUGCUGAACGAGAUUGCUGCGCUGCCCUCCGUUGCUCUAUUGAUCACGAGUCGUGCUACGAGCAUACCAACUAUCGAGUGGACUGAACCUGCCCUUUCCCACAUCAGACCUUUCUCCCAAAAAGCGGCGCUUGCUACGUGGGACGACCGCGCUAAAGCUCCGCACGACGAUUUUGUCGUUAAGCUCGUCGAUGCCGUAGACUGCAUGCCAUUGGCGGUCACCCUGCUUGCGAGCGUGGUCGCCUUCGAGGGAAGUGCGAAGAGGAUCUGGGAUCGUUGGCAGGACGAGCAUACCGACCUUAUUCGCACCGGUACAAAGGAGGAUCGCUUGAACAGUGUUCCUGAAUCCAUAGAUUUAUCACUGCGGGCUCUGAGUGAUCGAGACCGAGAGGCGGCUACGAAGAUACUCUGCAUCGUUUGCCUAUUUUCCGAGGGAUUCUGGGAUGCACGCAUUCCCCAGUUAGGAGACGUAUUCAAGGAGCAUUCGAUAUCCGUCAGUCGCUGCUUGACAAUACUCAGGCAGCUUAGUUUAAUCUACACCGAUAAUCCAUUGGAGCACACUAAACCUGAGUGGCUUCGGUUUCGCGCGCUCUCCCCCAUCCGUCACCACAUUCUACAACACUACAUAUCGGAUAACCUCGUCGUCACGAUGGCCCAUCUUGUGGCACAAGAACCCUUAGGGUGGGAUCAAUCGUCGUUUUGGGCAUUUAUUCUGGAUCGCCCAGGGUCUUGUCGCGAUCGCUGUCUGGAAGUAGCGAUCUCCAGUCCAUCCAAAAUAACGGAUAGGGACGCGCUCUCUCAAGCUCUUGCAUAUGCAAAGUCUCGUUCACUUGAGCUACGACUACAGUCUACCAUUCUUCGCCAACUAGGAUACAUCAGACGAAUAACAUAUAGCCAGUUCAAGGAUGCACGAGCGCAUUAUUCAGAGGCUGUCCGGAUGGACGAGCAGCUCGGAGACACCUCAGCACUGUUCUCAGACUGGGUGGGGUGGGUUGCUUCUCGUGCUGGUGAGCUUGGUGAUAAAGAAGCAACAGGGGAGGAUCUGGAAGAGCUGCAAGAAGCUAUCCUGACAGCCUGGACACUCGGUCAAGAAUCACAAGUAUGGGUCGUGCAAGGCUCCGAUGAUCGAUAUUGGGAUCAUCACGAAGUAACCGAAGCGCAACACGUCGUCAAUGUAGGGCGGCGCAAGCUCGAUAUGCCCAUCAUCUAUCGCAGCGGUCGCUAUUCGGACAACGAUUCGACCGCCGAGCUACACUCCAUGUGGGAAGGUACGAAAGAAACAGAAUGCUACGAGCGACUGCUGCAGACAUCCCCUCCGCCAUGGGACCUUCCCUUGAUGCUCGAAACACACCGGGCACUCGGGCACGACGAGGGGCCAGAGACAUCGCACAGCGGGUUAGAACGGGAGUCUAGUGAGGCGGGGGGAGAGGGAGUAGGGGACCUGGAGAGUGAUGUGGACGAGGUCGGCGACAGCGAGGGAGCAAGCGAGGAGAAUUCCGAGGAGGAUGAGAGUCUGAGCGCGCGCGUACGUUGA